CAGUCAAGUUUGACAUCCGAAGCUAGCCAAGCCGGUUGGAAUCAGUGUGUGGGUUGCUGUCGCCGGCGGCGAGAUGUCGACGGCUACAGCCACCACCUUGACCUCCUCCCACCUCGCGCGGCGGCCUCGCGCCACGAGAGCGGUGCGGCAGCGCGCGUGCGCGGCAGUGUUCCACCCGGAGGUGUCCCGCGCGGUGGAGGCGCUGCAGGCGGAGUUCCGGGAGGUGGACCGCGCGCUCGCCAUCAACUCCUCCCGCGUCUCCGCCGCCUUCCGCGCCGCCCGCGUCGCCCCGCACCAUUUCGGUGGGUCGACGGGGUACGGCCACGACGACGGCGGCGGCCGGGAGGUGCUCGACUCCGUCUUCGCCGAAGUCGUCGGCGCCGAGGCCGCCAUCGUGCGCCCCCAGUUCUUCUCCGGCACGCACGCCAUCGCCUGCGCUCUGUUCGCGCUCCUUCGGCCUGGACAUGAGCUCUUGGCAGUGGCCGGGCCUCCGUACGACACAUUGGAGGAGGUCAUUGGGAUCAGGGGUUCGGCCAACGUGGGAUCACUCAAGGACUUUGGAGUGACCUACCGAGAAGUUCCUCUCGCGGCAGAUGGUGGCCUUGACUGGGAUGCUCUUGCACGUGCCGUCAGACCGGAGACUGGAUGCGCGCUCAUACAGAGGUCUUGCGGUUAUUUGUGGCGCAAGAGCCUCGGUGUAGCUGAUAUUGGCAGAGCUAUCGAUUUGAUCAAGAUGCAAAAUCCAAACUGCAAGGUCAUGGUGGACAACUGCUAUGGGGAAUUUGUUGAGACAUCAGAGCCUCCAAUGGUGGGAGCAGAUUUGAUUGCUGGUAGCUUGAUAAAGAACCCCGGAGGAACCAUUGCGCCUUGUGGAGGUUAUGUUGCUGGGAAGAAAGAUUUGGUUGCGGCAGCUGCUGCUCGCCUAUCUGCACCUGGCCUUGGGGUGGAGUUUGGGUCGGCACCUGGCCAUGUUAUGCGAGCACUGUUUCAGGGCUUGUUUCUUGCACCACAGAUGGUUGGUGAGGCAGUAAAAGGAGGUUUGCUAAUUGCAGAGGUCAUGUCAGCCAAGGGCUAUAGAGUUCAACCACUUCCGAGGGUUCCACGCCACGAUAUUGUGCAGGCAGUAGAGCUCGGAAACAGGGAGAGACUGAUGACAUUCUGUGAAAUUGUUCAACAAACUUGCCCAGUAGGAUCGUUUGUUAAACCAACUGCUGGGGAAACUCCUGGCUAUGCUUCAGAGGUCAUUUUUGCUGAUGGGACGUUCAUGGAUGGAAGCACAAGUGAGCUAUCAUGUGAUGGUCCCUUAAGAGAACCAUACGCUGUCUUCUGCCAGGGAGGAACACACUGGACACAGUGGGCACUUGUCCUAGGAGAAGUUCUGAAGGUCAGAUAGCAACUUGUUACCAGAAGACUUUCCAUAGCCGGAAUGGUUAGGCCCUUCCUUAACUCAAAUUGGAAAACAUGAUGUGCAAAUGAUUCUUUUGGUUAAAUCAACGAGUGAUUUAAAGCAGCAGCUAUAUUCAAGGUUGUGAAGAGUUCAGUUGGCUGCAUUGAUCGGAGGAACUUCAACGAAAGCAUCAUGUCUACUGGAUAACUUCUGCCAUCGACUUGCCAGUUCAUUAGGAACUUUGAACUGUAGGGAUUAGUUGCAAAUGUUAGGGAUUAAUGUGCCUUUUGUAUGAGUUUGCAAAUUCCAGAAGAGAUGACUGUCACAACACUUCAGCUUGGAGGAUUCUUCCAUAUACAAUGAAUUCAUAUUGCUCAAGUGCUAGGGUAUUUUUUUUACAAUUAUUGUCGCUUAAUGUUAGACAACAUAUUGUAUAGUAUACUCUCAUAAAUUUCCUUGAUUUGACACACAUGACGCCAGUUGUCU